UCCAUUAUCCAUGACCAGUGUUGCCAUAGCCGUCGGGUGAGACGUGUGUCUGUUCAGUUAUGAUAAGGUCUUUAUUUACCUUAUCUCAUUCAGUGGCCUUGACCAAGAAUUUAACAAGGAUGACGAGUAUCCAUAGUGCGUAUAAGGACGAUGUCCACGAUGUGCCGAUGUCGGUCAUUAUCAGACCUUUCAUGCCCGAGUUGGACGAGAGCAAGGUCGAAUCCUUAAUGAAAACGAUACAGGAAGAGGAAGAGCAAGGCACUGUGCCUCCAAUAGACAUCCUGUGGAUAACGGGCAGCCAGGGCGGCGACUACUACUACAGCUUCGGCGGCUGCCACCGCUUCGCCGCCUACAAGCGCCUCAACCGCCCCACCAUUCCCGCCAAACUUGUUAGAUCCACAAUAUCAGACUUACGGACUUACUUGGGUAGCAGUACGCCGGACCUUAAGUGAUGUAUGUACGCCGGACCUUAAAUGAUGGAGGGUGCGAACGAACUGCAGUGUCGUGGUGUGGCCUUAACUCGGUAUAAAAUGUAUGACUUCGAUAGUUUUCUCGCAUCAAUAAUUUUACGUCUCACCAGCGUAGGAUAGAGUGUCAGUAUGCCAGUCAUGACUGCUUAUGCUUAUGACUGGUCGGUAUCGGCGUGUGAAAAAUGAGGAGCUAGCGAUUACGCUUCUGAUCUAUUUUUUUUAUUUGGACAUUUUUGGCUCACUGAAUACAAAUUUAAACUUAUUUCCGAACAACUAUAACUAAAGUCUCAGCAGCUUUCACUUAGUUUUGAUGAGUUAUUCGCCAGCUCCUCAGUUGAUAAAUACAACUAUGUCGAUAGUAUGUCAAUACAGUUGAAUGUUGUCUGUAAGUGGCCACUCUUAGGUCAGACUUAAGACACUUAAAAUGAGACACUGCUAUACCGCUGGCAUAAAUCUGUCUCGUUUUAACUGAAACAUAAGUCUGAGCAAAGUCAAAGUGCACUCUAUAUUUCAACCUUUCUAAGGUAAGGUAUAGAAAUAAAACGGCACAAAUGAUUCCACGUUUGUAUUGUAAUGUGGUGGCUCACUUACCUAACUACAGAACAGUGAGAUAUGCCAUUUCUGUAUGAUUUACAUAAUAUAUAAUUUAUUUACAAACAUGAACAUAAAUAAUAUCAAAAUACAUUCAUACGACAUCUGCAGUAGUGCGUCCAUCUACAUAUGUACGUGCUAAUAAAGAAACGAAUCGAAAAUGGUGACGUUAAUCAUUCCCUCUCACUUGCACAUUAUACACAGGUAUUGUGAAGUGAGAGGGAAUGAUAAUAGCCGCAAUUUUCAAUUCGUUUUUUAAUUGACACGAAUUAUAAUAAAAAGCGCAUGGAACGCAAAAUAACCUUAGCACCAAUAUUAUUUCGAGUUUUUUCUUUAUCGUAUAGUAAAAUAAUACAAUAUCAAUGUAGGUAUUGACUACAUAAAUAUUCACAUUGUAGGGCUUUUGCAUAUGGCGGCAUUUUCACAUGUACCUAUUAUAAUUCGCGACAGGUCGACAUGGCAACCGGGGUAUGCGAUGAGUCGUGCAGGGGGAACGCCCGACACACCCGCGCGGUCAUAGUUUUAGUGUUGCACAAGUCCGUAUCGACCGCGUUUAUCGGUUUCGUCGUUGCUUGUAGUUUUGUGUAUUGAAAAUAUGACUUCAGUUGCCUGUUCGUCCACGAGUCAAAAUAAAAUAACCAAUAAUCCAUUCCCAAACACGUGCACUAGCCUGAAAGGUAUGAGAAUAUUGUUUUUGUUUGUAUUGUUGUUGUUGAGAUUGAAUUAUUGUGAAUCACAAAAAUUCAUCGACUGAAUGCGAAAAUAUUGCCAUGUGCAAAAGAACUUAGUUAGUUCAAGCUUUACAGUGAUUUAUUCAUUAACAUAAUAGAAUUUCAUUAAUUGUUCCAAAGAUCAGGCUCAGUAAAAUAAAAUUGCAUACAAUAUGAACACAAAAUAAUAUUUAAAACUAAUUUUUUACAUAUAGCACAUUUACAGAGAUCAUGAGCAAUAACUUUGUGCAUUGGAAACUCAUUGAAUACUAAAUAAUUAACUGGCACGAAAGAAUAACAUUUACAAUAAAGUAUUGUUUUAUAAAAUAAAGUAGAUACGUCACGAAAGUUGAAGCUGAUUGCAAUGCUGCCUUUUCACAAAUAACAUGCGAUUCCAUGGUCCCCAGCUGUAAAAUAGUAAAAGUUUCUUAUUACUAACUUUUUCACUGCUCGCACUGCGAGACAUAAAAGGCGCCUAAUUGAUUUUUCCUUGUUUUCCAACUUUCGUAACGCACAAUGUAAUAAUUUCUAUACCUUCCUCCUUUUCUAUAAUGCGUUUCUCUAGACGUCUAGAGACCUUCUAAAAAAAUAAUUGCAUUAAAUAUUGCAUUGAACUAUUAUAAUACGCCACAAAAAAUUCAAUUUCAUUAAAGCUACAUAUUUAAAGCACAAUAUUCAGAACAUUAUGCCCAAACUAUAUUUAAAGUGGAGGAGAAUACUCCCACUAAAGGAGUUUUAGAACGUUAUACUUAUAACAUCUGUCCUAAGUAUAACAUUUUACAACACACAGUUAUAUAUUGUUAUGAUGUUUUACAACAUUACAUAAUAAGGAAUAUUACUGAAGUGGUACACUGGUGUGAGAGGAUAACAGAGAAUUUUCAUCUAUGUCACAACAAUCAUUAUAUAAUAAUAUGUAAUACAUUGCGAUCAAACUAAGAAUAGGAACGGCUGUCCGCCAUGUUGUGAUAGCUAUCAGGUAUAUUUUAUUUCAAUGUGAAAAUUCUUGGAAACUGAAUGAUUAAGACUGUUGACAGAUCAAGGCCACGGACUUUCUUACUUUGAUCGCAUUGUAUUUUGUAUGACAUCAACACUAAAUCAAGUUAUAACAAUAGAAACGUUCACAUUACAAGCAGUUCUUGGCUAUUGCACUCGUAGGUAUUCUAUAGACGUGUUAUGUUUUAUGUCGCGACCAAUCAAAAUUUGCACUGUGCAAGCUAUUGCACAAAAGCACAAAUAUUCAUUAUGGACGUCUUUACGUGAAAAAUGUUUCAAAUUAGCGCUAUUAGUAUGCAGCGUUCAAACAGACGAGGCAUAUUUUAUUAGUCUGAGUAUUUUAUACAAAUCAUUGUAAUGUGAAGCAGGCUUUAUUCGCUACUCUACACAGUUGAUCUCUUUUUGGUGUCAAUUUCGAUAUAUUUCAAAAAUAUACUUGUAAAUGGAAGGAAACAAUCAUUGUAUAUGUUACUCUAUGCAUAAUAGAGGUAGAAACCAAUUUACAAUAGCAAUAUAACUAUGGAUUAUUUAUUGUAUGUAUUAUUGCCAUGCUUUUCUCACACCCACGCUUAAAAAUCAAAACUUAAUCAUGAUAAAAUAUAUGGUAUCAUCAUUUUACUUAUAUUAACACUGUUACUACAAUAUAGACAUGUUAUGUUACAGUGUUGUUAUAAUGAGUUAAAUAAUUACUCAGAUCUUUUGAUAAAUUGAUUUAAUCAUUAUGCUAUUGAAAGUUUCAUAUUAAAGGCAAUAAAGCAAUGGUUAGAAAGUAGCUAAGUAAAUAAACAUUUUAAGUCAUUAUAAUACCGGUAACAAUAUUAAAUAUUGUUAAAGAUAUCAUAUUUAUAAUUUUUGUGAAUAUAACAGUUUUAGCUCACAGACACAAUAUUGGUCUUAGUAUUCUCUAGUUUUAAGUAGUUUAGUUGAUAAUUUGUAUGAAUUGUAUUUUUAUUUUAUUUUUUGUGAUUUUGUUGAGCCGAAUAAACUUUUAUUUAUUUAUUUAUUUAUUUAAUAACGUUGUUAUCACUAUAUUAUGCGUUGACUGUCAAAACUGGGCGAGCAACUUACAAUUGGUGAUACAUUUUCUUCAAAUUGUAAUAAAUAAUUAUUAAAUUUAAUAAAUAUUCAUGUAAGGAAUGUUAAAACCAGCAAAAUUACAAUUGAUGAUACAAUAAUUUGAUACAUUUAUUUAAAAUUGUAAUAAUUAUGAAUAUUUCAUUCACCUUAAAUUAUUAUAUUCAUGUUUGGCCUGUCAAUUACCAAUAUACACUUGUUUCCGUUUAAAAUUAUGUUAACAGUGAACAUUUACUUUAAUAUUUACAAUAUUUAAGACACAAUUUCAGAUUUCUAUGUGAAUGUAAAACAGUUUUUAUUUGCUAUUAAUGAUUUUAGAUAUAUAGAUAAAUUGGUGGGCUUAUAAAGCCGAGUCUCCACGUUCAUACAUGUUCGACGAACAAGAACUGUUAUAAAGUCAAUCAGUACCUACACACGUCGAGACUUAGCUUAAUGUUAAAAAUAAAAAUUAUAAAAAGUAAAAUAUGAAUUUACUUUCUUUAGGUAUGUCUGUAGCAUUAUUGUUAGCAGUUUUAUUUACAAUAUUCCAAUAUUCGUUUUGGAAUUAACCUAUGUUAAAUGAAAUUAUUUUUGAAAUAGUUCUGGGGUUUCUGGGAUCAUUAUCUCAUAGACUUUUAAGCUUAAAGAAUGUAAUGUUUAAUUAAAAAUGUAGGUACGCUGGAAUGUAAAACAAAGUACAUGAGUUUACAAAAUCAAAAUCAUGUUGAAGUGUAAAAAUAUGGUUUUAUUUACCUACAUAAAAUUCUAACUGAAAAAAAAAAAUUAGGCAUAUUUUGAAAUCCUAGAAUUAUUAACAGUGAUGAAAAACGAAUUAGUUUGGCACUCGAUCUCACUAUACAUUGAAUGUUAGUUAUUUAUUUAUGCUAUGCAAUAAAGAGCCGAAUAAUCUUUAACAGAGGGAUUUUUGAUAAAUCGUGUAGGAAAAUUGUCAAAUUUCUCAUAUUCCUCGGUCAGGUUAUGUAUUUGAAAAAUCAAUCUUAGACAAUUUCUGAAAUCGCAUAAUGCCGAUGAAUGAUCACAACUUUUAUAUUUAAAAAUGGUAAAUUUUACUAGUUUUAUAACGGUCAUAAUUAUGCUCUUGAAUGUUGAGUAUACGUCUUUGGCAGUGUCCGUACGAUAAAAUGGUAAAAAUAUUAUAAGCCAUCGGGGAUAUAUGGAAUUAACAAUAUUAUAAGAGAGCUACUAUUAGAGACAGGUACCCGAGACAAUACUUAAAAGUGUAUAUUAUUUUGCUUUGAUUAAGAUCCGUGUAUGGUUCUUCACCUAAAAUAAAAUAUAAUAUCAUUAUGUAAUAAUAUGUUUAUUCACAACAUAGAUGGACUUUCGUAAUCCAUCUACCUAAUGCUAAUUUUUUAAAUUGCAUAUACUAGAUACCUAUCUAUCAAGGAAUUUAACAUUUAAUAUGGAUUUGACGAUCUUUUUAAAACUGUAGGACCAAGAAGAGGUAAAUAUUUUUUUUUAAAAUUUUAUAUACAUAUUUUUAUUUAUUUUAUUAUUUUAGUUACAUUAAGAUUUAUUGGGAUUUGAAGCAAUCUUUUUAAAAUGUCUAAAGGGAUUUUUAUUAUAUUAUAAUCAUUUAUUUUUAGAUUUCAUUUGAACAUUUUAUUAACACUAUAUAAAUAUAUAGAUAUUGAUGUUAAUUCGGUUGUAAACAAGCCCUUAAGUAUAUAAAUAAGUUUAAAAAUAAUGCUAUCCUUUUCUUCAGCAAAUAUUGUGAAAAAGAGAGUACUAUUUAGCAUGUAGAUUUGUGUACAACCAAAGUAGCACAAUUAUCUGCUGAAUUU